AUGAACCUCCAGGGAUGGACGGCCAAACCAAGGCCAUCCAUCCCUCGUGUCCAAAGAGGCAGCGGUGGGUGCUCGCCCCCCGCACCCGCGCCGAGCGUCUGCGUGAAUGUUGCUGCGGCGCUCUCGGAAAGGCUCUCCCUGGAGCUUUGCGGGAAAGUUCACAAGCGGUGGGGCUCCGCCGCCGCCGAGAGACCGGUCCCCGCCGCGGCUCCCGCGGGGCGCGAAUGCCGUGUCCGUGAGCGGCGGAGCCCGCCCGGCGUUUCGGCGCGGGCCAGCAGAUGGCGGCGCCGCCCCGGCUGCCCCGUAGCCCUGACCCGCGGGGCGCGCAGCCCGCCCGAGCCGCGGAGCGGCAGCGGGGCGGCGGCGGGGAGCAGCCGCUCCAGGAGAGCAUCCUUGGCGGCCGGCCGGGAGCAGGUCUCCCUCAUCAGCACCUCCUUCGUGCUGAAAGGGGACGCGUCUCACAACCAGGCGAUGGUGCACUGGACGGGCGAGAACAGCAGCGUGAUCCUGAUCCUUACCAAGUAUUAUCAUACUGACAUGGGGAAAGUUCUGGAGAGCUCUUUGUGGAGGUCUUCAGAUUUUGGGACAUUAUACACAAAGUUGAAUCUACAGCCUGGGAUUGCCACUGUUAUUGACAAUUUCUACAUUUGUUCCACCAACAAAAAGAAGAUAAUUCUUGUAAGCUCUUCCCAUAAUGACCGUGACCAAAGCCUUUUCAUAAGCACAGAUGAAGGAGCCACUUUCCAGAAACAACCCAUUGCUUUCUUUGUGGAAACUCUCCUUUUUCACCCAAAAGAAGAAGAUAAAGUACUUGCUUAUACCAAGGAAGGCAAGAUUUAUGUAUCUAUUGACUUGGGGAAAAAAUGGAACCUUCUGCAGGAACGGGUUUCUAAAGAUCAUUUUUUUUGGGCUGUUGCUGGAGUUGAUGGGGACCUUGAUUUAGUUCACAUGGAAAUCCAGGACCCCAGUGGAGGUUAUCGCUACAUCACUUGCCAGAUUCAAAAUUGUUCUGAUAAGACAAUGACAGUCCCAUUUGCUGGCAGCACUGAUCGGGAUUCCCUGACUGUGCAGGAUGACUACAUAUUUCUUCAGACAACAUCAGCAAACAGGACCAAGUAUUACGUGUCGUACCGCCGGAAUGGCUUUGUUCAGAUGAAGUUGCCAAAAUAUGCAUUGCCAAAAGACUUGCAGAUAAUCAGUACAGAUGAAAACCAGGUGUUUGUGGCUGUGCAGGAGUGGUACCAGACAGACACAUACAACCUGUACCAGUCUGACCCACAAGGUGUUUACUACUCCAUCCUGCUGGAGAAUGUCCGGAGCACGAAGCAGCCAGAAGAGAAUGUCCUGAUAGAUAUUCUGGAGGUCAGAGGUGUAAAAGGAGUCUUUUUGGCCAACCAGAAAAUUGAUGGGAAAGUUACGACCCUGAUAACCUACAACAAAGGCCGUGACUGGGAUUUUCUGAACCCUCCAGACAUCGAUAUGAACGGCAAGCCCACCAACUGCAAACCUCCUGAUUGUUACCUCCACCUCCAUCUGCGGUGGGCAGACAAUCCCUAUGUGUCAGGCACUGUGCACACCAAGGACACUGCACCAGGGCUCAUCAUGGGGGCAGGUAACCUGGGGUCCCAGCUGGUUGAGUAUAAAGAAGAGAUGUACAUAACAUCUGACUGUGGGAACACGUGGCGUCAGGUCUUUGAAGAAGAGCACCACAUCUUGUACUUGGACCAUGGUGGAGUUAUUGUGGCUAUCAAAGACACCUCUAUCCCUCUGAAAAUACUCAAGUUCAGCAUAGAUGAAGGCCAGACCUGGAGCACACAUAAUUUUACCAGCACUUCUGUCUUUGUAGAUGGACUACUUAGUGAACCUGGAGAUGAGACACUGGUCAUGACAGUCUUUGGACAUAUCAGCUACCGUUCAGACUGGGAACUGGUGAAGGUGGACUUCAGACCAUCCUUCCCCAGGGAGUGCACUGAUGAAGACUAUGAGUCUUGGGAGCUUACCAAUCUGCAGGGUGAUCGUUGCAUCAUGGGCCAGCAGAGAAGCUUUCGGAAGAGGAAGAUUUCAUCGUGGUGCAUUAAAGGGAAAAGUUUCACAUCAGCUCUCACAUCCAAAGUUUGUGAAUGUGUGAACACUGAUUUCUUAUGUGAUUACGGGUUUGAGCGCUCUGCACCUCUGAAGCUGGAGUCGAGCAAAUGCUUUGCUGACUUUUGGUUUAACCCAGAAGCACCUCCUGAAGACUGUGUGUUGGGGCAGGCAUACACCAGCAGCACUGGGUACAGGAAAGUUGUUUCUAAUGUGUGUGAAGGUGGAGUAGACCUGCAGCAGAACUUAGCACACCAUAUGUGUCCAUUGAUUGCUCCCAAGGGACUUCAGAUCAGCAUCAGAGAAGAAAGCCUGGCUGUUAGGCCUGGGGAAGACAUCACCUUCAUUGUCCAACAAGAGCAGGGUGAUGUAUUGAGUACCAAAUACCAGGUAGAUCUUGGAGAUGGCUUUAAGGCGAUAUACGUGAACCUGACGAUGACUGGAGAGCCCAUCCGCCACCGCUACGAGAAUCCCGGGAUUUACCGCGUGUCCGUGAAGGCUGAGAACGUGGCUGGGCAUGACGAGGCUGUGGUGUUCGUCCAAGUCAACUCUCCACUCCAGGCUUUAAAUUUAGAAGUGGUUCCAGUCAUUGGGAGAAACCAGGAGGUGAACCUGACAGCCAUCAUACUGCCUAAGAACCCUAAUUUGACAGUUUUCUACUGGUGGAUAGGAAACAAUCUUCAGCCACUGCUUACAUUGGAGAGUUUUCUGGUGACAAAGUUUGCUGAGACAGGUGAUGUCAGAGUUACAGUGCAAGUUUCCUGCGGGAGCUCUAUGCUUCAGGACUCAAAAGUUGUCCACGUUUUUGAUCAUUUUCAUGUUCUUCCUCUGAAGUUUACUAAGGACCUGGACAUGUACAACCCCGACAUACCAGAGUGGAGGGAAGACAUCGGGCGGGUGGUGACGCGACUUCUUGCAAAGGAGACCAGUAUACCUGAAGAAACACUCAUGACAGUUGUGAAACCUGGUCUGCCCACAGCUGCUGACUUGCAUGUGCUACUACCAGCAAAUCAACCAAAAAAGAAGAGAAGCAUAACAAGUGAUAAGAGAAUAGCAGCUAUAAAGCAGGCCCUGAAUGCACACAACAUCAGUUUCUUUCUGAGGGGAGGAUACUGGGUCUUAGUGACUUUAGCUGACUCCGAUUCAGACUCUCAGAGGAUUGGAGGAGGCAGUGGCUACUGGGCUAUUGUGGUUCUCUUUGUUGUUUGUUUAGUUGCAGUCGGGGCUUUCAUCCUCUACAAGUUCAAAAGGAAACUGCCAGGCAGAAAUGUCUACGCCCAGAUGCACAAUGAAAAAGAGCAGGAGAUGACAAGCCCUGUUAAUCACAGUGAGGACACCCAGAACAUCAUCCAGGGCAAUCACUCAGGCGUGGUUUUGAGCAUCAACUCCAGAGAGAUGCACAGUUACCUGGUUAGCUGAUAUUUGCAGCUGAACACAAAAACCGAAAGACUCUUCACUGUACCAUUUUAUUUUUCCCUGGUGAUGUUCCAAAAUCGCAAACAUGGCUGUAAAUGCUGAUGGAGAGGAGGUUUCUUAUCAGUCCUGUGGAAAAAGCAUCCAUCAUCAGUUACCAAGGGCAAAGGAUAACAUGUCUUGUGUUCACUCUAUGGCCUGGGAACUCAUUUCGACUGAAACUCAAAUUAUGGUAGCAAAUUUGUAGCCCUAGGCACCUUCAAUGCCACCUUGUUUCUUUUCUGUAUAUGCUCUAUUUCUUUAUGUUUAUUUUUAGAAUGAUUGACUGUAACUUUUUAAUUAUAUUUUUAAUUGAGGUAUUCAGUGGAAGGCUGGGAGUCUUCUUGAUUUUUACACAAGUGACUAGACCAGAAAAGAUGGUUGAUCACAAUGACAAUUUUUUUAGUAGGCCAAGUGUUUCUAUACUGGGAAAGGACUGAGAGACAAAUGCACUCCUAGUUGAGACCAGCUCUUAACUUAAACAUGUGUGAGACAAUCUAACAAAUUUAGGCUUAGGCCCUUCUGAGGAUUAAAGGAAGUAAAAUGUUAAUUAGGAUAUCUCGUAAUAUACAAUAAUGCUCUUGUAAUUGUAGCAAGUCCUGACAAACUAUCAGCACCAGUAUCUUCCCCCAUCCCAUCACAUGUGAAAGAAAAACACCAGCUUGAUGCUAUUUCCAGACCAGGUGCCUUCACUUGUGGACAGUCAUUUUAGUUGCUCUUUUCCUUUUCCUGAGCGAGCCCCUCUAGGAUGAUGGCAGCUGCCAGAUGAGUUCUCCUGUUAAACCCUAGGCUGGUGGCCUGUCUUUUUUUAAAUUCCCAGAGAGUGUAAAUACCUCUUUUACACAGUUUUCUUUGUAUGGUUAUUUUUUAAAAACUUCCUAUAAGGGCAGCCGUGCUGGCUGGGUCAGAGUUCUGCUCUGGGAAGGGCUGGGUAGAAAUGCCAUCUCCUUCCCACAGCAUCCCUGUUUGGGAUUUCCCCUGGCAUGUGCCCUUGCUGGUGGGAGUAGGCAAACCCCAACCUGACCUUUUCCACUUGGGUUGGUUUGACAAUCCAAAGGGUCACAGGGAUGAUGGGAAGGGAUUAGGGCUUCCUGUUUCCUUCCCAUCACCACAGGGUGUCUCUCAUUCCCUACCACCAGUGGCCGAGUUUCUGCAGGGGAAGGGCUUCUGGAGGAGCUGCCUGCAGAAAGGCUUGUGAGCCCGGUCCUUGUUUCCUCAUCCCAGUUUUGUCAGAGUUUCCUAGUCUUGACCUCUGCAUCCCUAGGGAAUGGAGAUGCAGUGAAUCCACACUCCUCUUGUCUUUUCUCUGUCACUUAUUUUAGCCAUGUAGGAAAACAAGUGGGGUGUGGUGAGUUUAAAUGUCUGACAUCCUGUCUGUCACAGCUGCCUGGGAUUAGGAUGCUUCUCUAAGAAACCUAUAUAAUCUCUUCACUUUUUGCCUUUGAUAGAGAAUAAAUAACUUUGUACUCACUGAAUGUCAUACUGAUGCUAGUGACAAGUUCGCACACCACCUUGUUAAAAAAGGAUACAGAUAGCUCAUUGUCCAGAAUAUGCAAACAGAAAAUAAUGAAUGCCAGUCAAAUAGAAAAGGACUGUCUUAAAAUCAGUGUAUGCAUUGGAAUCAUUCUUCAAUGUAGCUGUGAAUAUAGAACAUAUUAUCAUCAAAUGCAGCAGAUUGGGAUGUAGUAAUUCAGUGCAGUACUGUAGGCUCUCACAAACCCCAUAGGAUGUAUGAGUAAAGCACAAGAAAAUCUAGAUUAUAAAUUUACUGUAAGGAACUAGGUGGAGAAGUUAAAGAUUCUGAAAAGCACUUGCAAACUGCUCAGGAAAACAAUUACAAAAAUUAUUCUAAGAUUUCUGCCUAUUUAGUUGUAUAGUGCCAUGUGAAUUUAUUAACAGAGAAGCAAUGCCCUGGGUGACUGUUGUGUGCCAGACUGUGGAAAUCCAAGGUCUUAAAUGUAUCUGAGUCUGGGUUUCUUGAAGAGAAGUGCAUAUACAAAACACGCUGUGAAUUGGAAACUCUUGGGAUCAUUGCACCAGGGGCUUUCUUUCCUCACCAGCUCUUCUUGCUUUUUCUAGUGGAAAUGAGCUGGAGCAGAGAAUAAAAUAACAUUGCAACCAUCUUACUUGUUCCUGUGAAAUAAAUCUGAAAUAGGUUGUUUGUAUAGGGCAGGUGAGUGGCAAACCAGCUUCAUAGACAAGUAAUGGGAUGGAAGAUCCAGCCUGGGGUUGUUCUCACAUGGUUAGUCUGAUUGGCAAAGGACUCUGUUGGAACAAGGUCAACAUCUAGUUUAUGCUUUAACAGCUACUUUUAUACAUUUAAUUCAGGGUGAUUUGUGUCUGAUCACAGGAGUCUUUUGGAACAUGGUAGAAUAUUUAACUACUUGAUACUCUAAUUAACACUUAGCACAGUGUAGUGCCUGUAAUAAUUUUUUCCAAUGCUUAUUAGUUUGAUUCAUACAGCACUCCUGUGAGGUUGGUUUGUCAUGUCUUAAAAACGGUGUUUUCUAAAGACAUGUUGGUAUUACCAUAACUGUAUUAAUAAUACCCAGCAGAUAAUAAAGGAAGCCUUUGAUUUCCUCACAAGAAUAAUUUUAAAAUUAAUUAUUUUAAAAUGCAGAAAACAUUGUUGCCAUUUUCUCAUUCAUGGUGUCUUGGUUUAUCUGUAAAUGAAAAGACUCACUAGUGCUAGUUCUCAAAUCUCUUGAACUACAUCCAUGAUAUCUUUUUGUCCUUUAUUUGUAUCUAAAACCCUGAUACAUGAGUAUUCAGAAACACAGAGUUGCUUCUAUGCACAAGUGCUAGUCACACAUGUGUGCAUGCACACAUGCAGUAUUUGUACAUAUUUCAGUUAUGUUUUUUAAUGUGGAAGGGUGAUGUGGUGGCUAAGAAACAGAAGAUGACUGUCAGAUACCUGGAUUCUGUGCCCAGGCUUUGAGCAAAUUACUUCCCUUGUAUGUGUUCUGGUUUCCCCACCUGUAAAAUGGGGCUGAUAGUAAUUAUCUACCUCACAGGGGUAUUGUGAGGCUAAAUUAAUUACUGUUUAUUCAGGAUCAUCAGAGCAAAAGAAUUUUGUGAGCAUAAAUUAUUAAUGGUUUAACUUUCUUUGUUUCACUUGUAAUUAUCAUUGUUCCUAAAAGUUCUCUACUGAAACCAGCUGCCAUUAUGUAUAAAUGUAAAAAACACAUAAUUCAACAAAAAAGGUGCAUCACUGGUAAAAAAGAAAAAAAAAAAAAUUUUAUUUAAACACUGCUAUUGGAACAUUGUUAUGUUCCAACAUUGGCUGUGAAUUUGCUGCUGCACACUAGUAUUGUGAACUCACUUCUCUGCAUUGUUAUUUGAUCAAAAAUCUUAUAAAAAUGGGUACAGUGAUAUUUAUCAGCACUGAUAUUGAACUAUACUGAAUCUAUAAAAACUGGCAGAGUACUGGCCUCGUUGGCCUCUUUUGGCCUUCUUAAAAUCUGAUGUAUUUGCAAUUUCAAUAAUACUCUGUACUUUUCAGAGUGCUCCAAGCAGUAUGAUCUGAAGCAUUCUAACAAAGCCAUCAAGAUUUACAGCUGUUAUCUUUGCUUUCUCUUUUGGCAUUAAAUGUUUUAUAUGGCUUUGGAACAGCCUGUCCAUAUAAAAUACUCAGAAAUGCUCAGAGGACAUUUAGGGGAAAUGCACACAGUGUUAAUUAAUUUUUCAAUAAUAUAAGCAAUAUAAACCAGUGUAUAUUUUUAUACUCUGUUGAAAAGGGUGGUGGAAAUGGCUGUGAAGAAAUAGAAGGCCUGAGGCAAAAUGUUGUUGUUAUCCACAAUUCACAUCCAAUUUCUUGGAACUCUUUUAUGAUAUUCUCAUUGAAUUAAAUUCUUCUUCAUGUAUUUUCUUCUUCCAAUGACUGGUGUAAUGAGGAGAAAGCUGUUUAUUCAUAUAAAGUAGAUGAUUUGUUAAGUAAGUGUCUUGUAGACAAAGACAAAUCAGUGCUUUGCCAUUAGCUGUUUCUAGUGGAAAGCAGGUUUCAUCUGACAUGAUUAUCAUGGUUAGCUGUGUUUUCAGUCCAAUGAGACCUCUUAGUGGGAAGACUCCACUACUGUAUGCUGUCACUUUAAUAGAGGUCAAUAGAAUGGAACUGCAGUAAUUUCCACCCUCUUUACACAGAUACAUGCUCAAAGAAAUGUGUGGGAUAAAGAAAAUCUUUACAAGAAAUUAAAUACAUUACUUGGUUGCAGUAGCUUUUUGAUGAUGAACCAGAGGUUCUGAUUAGUUUUGAAUUUCUAGUGUUAUUUCAAGUCAAUGUUUCUAAGUAGAUAGAAUCGAUGACAGUUUCAGUCAUAGAUUUUUCCUAUGUUUCCUAUUAAAAAAGUUUUGUAAUUUUUACAUUAAUGAUACUUCAGGGGAAAAGAGAGACUUAACAUUUUAUUUCAUUGCACAGUCCCUGCCAGUUGGAGUUAUUGUAGUCGUUUUAUUGUAUAUUGAUUGAUACCACUAUAUUGUUUCCAUAUUCAUUUUUAUUUCAGCAUUUUAGAUGAAAGUAAGUGCCCAUUUCUCUCAAAAUAUUGGAUUUUCACCAGGACAAAAUUUAUAAGCAUUUACCCUUACAAAUCUUGAUUUUUGAGAUGCCAAAUUUUGUUUUGUCUUUUAAGUCCAUCCAAAAAGUUGCUUCCUGGCUCAUUGUCUCUGUUUUAGUCCCAGUUGUACAUUGCUUCUACAACUUUCUUCAAAAGACUGGCACAUAGCCAGGACUAGUCUGAGAAAAACUAAAACUUUCAUUAGAAUGGCAUUUAAUUGACUAUAAGUAAGGUCUGCUCAGAUAAUUAUCUUAAUGUUAAGUUUGUAUUUUCGUGUUCUGUAUUUCCUUUCAGCAUCUUAGCAUUUGCCCUCUCUGUGCCAUUUAAACGCAUUUUUAUUCUAGUAAUGUUUUUGACUUAUUUUUAGACUAUAAUCAUCAAAGUGACAAAUAACUCAGACCCCCAGUUAGCUUUUGCAAUUAAUAGCCUAACCCUGCAGUCUUUGAGAAAUGUCAAACUGUGUCCUCUCAAAUUUGUAACCUUCUGUCCCAAGCCAGCCCUUCUCCCCAGCUGAUCACCUCAGCAGCACUGCCUCCAGCUGCCUGUGCCUGCUUGGACUGGAGGGGGUGCAGAAGGGUUCAUCCAUGCUGAGACAGCCUAGAACAGCCCAUUUCCCAAAUCUGGAUGGGAAUGUCAUGCAGGAAAAAGUUCUUAUUUGUUCCUUCUUUUCAAGUGUGUUGCAUAAGCAGAGCGGGUGCAUGUUACUGGGGAAAGAGCCUGUGAUGGUACUUCAGGCUGCUCUGGAGGGUAAAGAAUGCAUCCUCUUGGAAUAUUUUUCCAUUGAAAUUUAUAUGUACAGCAAGUUAGUUUCAUGAUUUUUAAUAUGAGAUCUCAUUUCUGUAAGUCUUCAGUCCCAGCUUUUUUCUUCCUGUUAAAUGGAGUAGCAAAUUACUUAAACUAUGAAUUGUGGAGCCAUAUAUGUCUUCCAUUCUUUUCAUCCCUUGUUUUUCACAUGUGAAGCUUGUCAGCAUUACUGUUUCCAGCUAGUUUAUAUGCUGGUAGCUGAGAUGAUCUUCUGUAAGACAGUAUCUAACAUAAGCAUUACUGGAAGGCUUAGAAAUAUGUACUCUGAAAUAUAACAACAUAGCUGUGUGAAAAAAUCCUCAUCAAAGAGCUGUUAUGAUUUGCAUUAAAUACUUUUUAGUAGUAUCUCUAAAAAUACAUACUCUUAAUUGCCAACUCUUUGCCUCUCACUCCUUCCAGAUUGAUUUUCUUUCAGAAGAACAUUUACUAGCCCUGACAGAGAGUUCAUUCUUUCCCUUACACAAGUAAUUUUGCUUAAUAUUUUUUUCUUUGCAACACUUGCAUUUCACACAAACUUUGUCUUGUCUGUUUUGAUCAGCCUUGAUUUCUGUUUCUGUAGAAUUUGCAUCUUUACACUGAUUGCUUGCAAUACAAUGGACAUAAAGCCCUGUUAAGCAGCAAUAAUACAAGCAGCAGUACCUGGCACUGCUUAAAUAAUAUGCCUUUUUUGCACGUAUUUUUAAUGGUAUAAUGAGUAUAUUAAUCACCAGGAAGGCCAGGCAUUCCAAAUAACUUUCUUAACAUGUCGUUUAAUAUUUCUGUUAUUUGUUGCUAAUUUUAGGCAGCUUUUGAUACUUAUAUUUAGUUCUUACUGACAGUGUCUGCUCUUGCAGAUCAAAGCAAAUGAAUUGGCUAACUCGCUUUUUAGAAAAAGUAUUAAUUCACACUGCUUAUUGAUUAAAAGGGUUUAAAAAUGAAAUCUUUCUGAAAUGGUGAAAGAGAUACUUUUAAUGAGGACAGCUCAUACAGGAAAACAGAAGGCUUAUAUCCAUGUGGCUUUUGAGAUAUUCUUGUUAGGAAUUUUGAAUAGAAAGGACUGUGCAGACAUCAGUAACAGGCACGUAGACAGUUAGCAAAUGGUAGAACUAGUCCAAAGGAGAAUAUUGUCAUACACCACCUCUGUGUUUCAGGUUCACAUUAGGGCCUUUAAAUAGUUAAAAUUACAGAAUAUCUUCACAAACAAACUGCCCAGCAAAUUGCCAAAUUCAUUGGCCCCAUUUGCGUGUGAAUACACUGCACUCUUUGGGGUUAAUCUUCUGAGAUGCUGGAGUAGCAAAGUAACUGUUCAUGAAGCCACCUGCAUUGUUUAGUGCUUCCAAAUCUUUGCCAAGUAGCUUCUGAAACUAG